CGUUGGUGAGAAAGGAGUAUGAAAAGGGUAAUGGAAAGUACUUGACGAAGUGGAUCAGUACCCAAUUUUCCCCGAUUGAUGUCGUUUUUGUCAAAUUUAAGAAAAAUCGCAUAUCGAUUCUACCCAUACAUACAUUCAAAUUACUCACUUCAACGCCCCUGUUGAUCGAAGGAAACAAUAACACAUCAUACUUCCUACCUCCAACACAAUUUUUUCUGGGGUUUUCACCUCACCCUAAACCCCAUGGAUGGUCCCUUCCUUCGCCGUCAAUCCAAAAGAUGAUCGAUCGUACGUUGCAGUCUCUUCCACCUCACCUACUGUUUGUGUCAAUCGCCUGUUAAUCUUGAACCCUAGAUAAACUAUCUGAAAUCAGCGUCUUCUUUUUCAUCUUAUGAUGCUCCAGUUUCAGUCGAUUAUAACUAAAUAUAUACUGGGUAAUUACUAGUUUAUCUAGUACCAAUAAUUUUGUGAAUUCUUGAACGGUGGUGUAAUAUCGUAUCUGAGCCUGUAAUUUAGGAAUUGAGUCCUGUAAAGAAUGAGUAGGUCCAGAAAGUCAAUUCGUCAGUGCGGCCGGGAUGGUGGUAGUGGGAUAGGCGGUAUUGCCGCCUCUGAUGAAGGGUUACCGGAGAUUGGAGUGGUUACGAAGCUUAAGUCAAAACCCCAUCAGUUCUAUAGCCGAAUAUUGCCCAGAAAGUCAGAAGGAAUGCCUAUUUCCCCAGUUAAAAUGUUGGCAGGUCGAGAGGGUAAUUACUCCGGGAGAAGUAGAUUCACGUCUGCAGAUCGUUGUCACCUCUCGAGCAGAUAUUUGCCAGUUAAUGGUCCUUCUGUGAUCGAUAGAAUGACAAGUUGUGCUUAUGUCUCACAGUUUUCAGCAGAUGGGACUCUUUUUGUUGCAGGAUUUCAGGAUAGUGAUAUUAAGAUAUAUAAUGUUGACAAUGGUUGGAAAGUUAAAAAAAACAUCCGUGCCAGAAGCUUAAGGUGGACAAUAACAGAUACAUCUCUUUCACCUGACCAACGUUUUCUUGUUUAUUCCAGUAUGUCCCCUAUUGUCCAUAUUGUGAACAUUGGAUCAGCUAUGACCGAGUCUGUUGCAAAUGUGACUGAGAUACAUGAAGGUCUGGAUUUUUCUGGUCAUGAUGAUGAUGAGGAAGAUGAUUACUCAUUUGGGAUUUUCUCUGUAAAAUUUUCAACUGAUGGGCGAGAACUUGUAGCUGCAAGUAGUGAUGAUUCAAUAUAUGUUUAUGAUCUUGCAGCCAACAAGUUAAAUGUUCGCAUACCAGCACACAGGUCUGAUGUUAAUGCUGUUUGCUUUGCUGAUGAAGCUGGUCAUGUGUUAUAUUCUGGGAGUGAUGAUCACCUUUGUAAGGUAUGGGAUAGAAGAUGCCUUGGGACAAGAGGAAUAGAAUCUGGUGUUCUGACUGGACAUCUUGAAGGCAUUACAUUCAUUGAUAGUCAUGGAGAUGGUCAUUAUUUGAUUUCAAAUGGAAAAGAUCAGGCUAUUAAACUCUGGGAUAUUAGGAAAAUGUCCUCAAAUGCACGCAGCAAUAUUAGUAUAGCCCCUCCUAGACACAUUGAAUGGGAUUAUAGAUGGAUGGAAUACCCAUCACAUUUAAGAAACAGAAAACAUCCAAAUGAUUUAUCAGUGUGUACAUAUAGAGGUCACAGAGUCUUGCGAACACUCAUACGAUGCUACUUCUCACCAUCAUACAGCACUGGGCAAAAGUACAUAUACACUGGAUCUGCUGAUGCCCACAUUUAUAUUUAUGAUAUGGUGAGUGGAGCUCAGGUAGCAAGGCUGGAAUACCAUGACCAAAUUGUAAGAGAUUGCAGUUGGCAUCCAUUUGAUCCGAUGAUUGGCAGCUCAUCAUGGGAUGGGGUCAUUGCCAGCUGGGAAUUGAAGCGGAAUUGAGUGGUGGUUCAUUUUUUAAAAAAUGUUCUUUAAAAUAAAAUGGCUCAUGUGCAUAUACCAUAAUAGUUGUGUGUGUGUGUGUGUGUCACCACCUCUACACAGUUAGUCAUGUAUUUUAUACUUAGAAUCUUUGCAUGCUUUUUGGAUUUGGAAAUUCUUUCUUUUGGACAAACAUUUAUGUACAUUUUAGCUAAACAUUUUCAUAUGUAUGUUGUAGUAUUGUAUGCCUUGAA